AUGGUUCACCUCACUCGACAACUACGUGAACGUAUCAUUGUCUGGCGCCAUGAGCAAAACAAGACACUCCGAGUGAUUUCUGAGCUUGCGGGAUGCAGCAUAAGCACAAUCUUUGAAGUUCUCCGACUCUACACGGAAUACGGCACAGUCAUCAACCCGAAUGCUAGACCUCGAGGCCGGCCGCGUACUCUGGACAUGCAGGAUAUGAACUUCGUGCGAUCAGUUAUUGAGGGAGAGCCUGCUAUCUACCUUGAUGAGCUACGAGAUCGAGUCUACAACAGACUACACAGCACAUGCAGUUUGUCAGCCUGA